AUGCUGACCCGGGACGACAUCCAAAGGCUCAAGAAUCACAUCCUCGCUCACCGACCGGAACUAAAACAUGUCUCCUCAUUUACACUCAUUUCUUCGUACCUAUGGACUUGCUUAGUAAAAUCCCGAUAUAGUGCAGAAACAGACAACAUCGACGACGAUGAAGACGAGCUCUUCGGCUUCGCGGCGGAAUGCCGGGCACGGUUGGAUCCACCGUUGCCUGAAAACUACUUCGGCAAUUGCCUCACGUUCGUCAUUGGAUUCGCGAAGACGAAGCAACUGACGGGCGAGAAAGCGUUGGUAGAUGCUGCCGCCGUGAUCGGAGACAGUAUUCGCCGGCAACUCUACGACAAGGAGUCUGGACUUUUCAAAGGCGCUGAAGAUUGGUUUGCAUUGUUAUCGGCGGCGAAACCUGAGCGAUCAAUCAGCGUGGCUGGGUCGCCUAAAUUCGAUUACUAUGAGCUGGAUUUCGGAUGGGGAAGGCCUAAGAAGUUCGAAUUCGCUUCCAUUGAUUUAUUUGGUGCCUUUUCUUUAAGUAAAGCUAGGGACAUUGAAGGUGGUCUGGAGGUUGGUUUAUCACUGCCACUCACACAAAUUCACAGUUUUUCCACAAUUUUCACCCAUGAUUUGAAGGCUUUAUAG